AUGCUAAGCACACAUCGCCAACAGCCACAACAACCGGAGAACCCCGCAUUUAGACAGAACAUUGCUAUUACUAUCACAAGUAAUCGGCUUGUACCAUCAUCCAGCGCUCCCGACUUCAUCCCAAGACCUGGACCAUCGACUGCCCCAGACUACAUUCCAAGACCAGGACCAUCGACUGCCCCAGACUGUCCGAUGAUAGCACAACCCACUGUACCUCACCUUAUAGGCUACACAUGUGACGGUUGCGGGAAAACAUUCUCCAGGAAGAAUAUCUUACGAACACAUGCCCGCUUCAGCUGCAGAAUUCAUAGAUCUGAGACAGCACUCAAUCAGCCCUCACCCGCCUCACCAUCCAUCAACCUGUCAUCACCUCAGUCGACUAGUGACGAGGAUGAUACUAAUGACCAGGUCGAGAUUCCUGACAAUUUGGCUCCACAAGGGUUCGAGGAAAUUGAGACGGCGUUCAAAGGUCGGCUUAAAACCUAUUGUUUAUCCGAGCCUGCCGAAAACACCGUAUCACUGCUGGAGUUCCUCAAUGACAUUCGAGAUAAGAAGAAAAAGAAUCAUUUCAUGGACCCGGACAAACACAUUGUCUACCCUCUUCGUGUCGCAGAUCGUGAGUUGGUCAAUCACUUUGACCUACUCCUUAUAACAAAUGAUGUCACCACCCACUACGUUUGGAUCAAGAGCUUUACGAGAUUGGUUUCAUCCCAGCUGACUCUAAGAGGACAUCGCCUUUACAUAUGUAAGCGCUGUUUUGCACACUUCGAUAACCAGCCAACGAAGUUAGGUCUUAGAGGAGAGGAACGUCUUUUGGAGCAUCAGCGAUAUUGUUUUAACAAUGCUCCGUUAAGAACUGAUCUUGCGGAAGACAAAACAAUACAUUUUAAAAAUUUUGAACGCACUCAACGAAGUCGAUUCACCAUAUACGCUGACUUUGAAUGCGCACUCGUACCUCUUGAGCCUGAACAAACAAUCGAUCCUCCGCCAACUGUUCCACCGCCAGUAUGGGAUCCCGCAUUAGCAAGAGGAGCACGUCGACACCGACCUGGUGAAAUGCUCAAUGCCAGAAAUGUCCAUGUACCAUAUGCAUACGCCUAUUACAUUCGAGAUGAUAAUAGAAAUGUAAGUGAUGGUGACACUGAUGACAAUGACCAUACAGCUUUGACGUUCUCCAAAUUGCGUCUGUACAGAGGUGAAGACGCCGCCCAGCACUUUAUCAAAUCGAUACGGGAUGACGUACAGAAGAUUGGCGAUAUAGUGUAUGGGCAACGUCUGCCGAAUGACCCUCCACGGUUAACACAGGUGGAAGAGGAUUCUUUCCGCGAGCAAACAGUAUGCUACAUAUGCAAGCGAGAAUUCACAAUACUCGACCCCCGUGUUAGAGAUCACGAACACUCUCCUCCCUAUACUUACAGAGGAGCAGCACACCGUUCCUGUAAUAUCCGCCACAAGGAACAGGACACUAUCAACAUUUAUCUCCACAAUUUAUCCAAUUACGAUGCUCACUUUAUCAUCAGAGAGCUAUCCGUUGAUAAAGGAAAUAUAAAUGUACUCGCAAAUACGGAGGAAAAGUAUAUCACAUUCUCCAAACGAUUUAAAUAUCCGGGAGCAGGUCGGCAAGGUGGUCUCAAACUACAAUUUGUUGAUUCCUAUAGGUUAAUGUCAAAAGCAUUAGGGACAUUAGCAUCAAUCCUGCCGGCCGAUAAAUUAAAAAUUACAAAGUCACGCUACCCCAAUCAAGAACAGUUUGAUCUGCUUAGUAGGAAAGGUGUAUUUCCGUAUGAGUACAUUUCAUCGAUGGAGGUACUCGAAGAAGAUGUCCUUCCACCAAAGUGUGUAUUUGGAGAAGGAGUGAGUGAUGCGGAUUACGAGCAUGCGCAGCGAGUAUGGGAGAAAUUUGACUGUACGACCCUCGGACAGUAUGCUGAUAUCUAUUUGGCGACUGACGUAUUGCUAUUAGCGGAUGUGUUCGAGGGAUUCCGAGAGAUGUGUCUAACACAUUACGGAUUGGACCCAGCGCGUUAUUUAACACUACCAUCAUAUGCUUGGGACGUAAUGAUGUUCAAGACAGAUGUUAUCCUUGAUACCCUACAAGAUAUUGAUAUGUAUCUGUUUUUUGAGAAGGGUAUUCGAGGUGGACUGACCCAAUGCGUUACUAGACACGUUGUUGCCAACAAUAAGUUUACCAGAAUGGAAACAAUUGGCAAUGACCGAGACGGUCAGAACGCAGCAGCAUCAAGUGAAUAUUGCGAUGAAAGAGAUGACGAUACAUUUAUAAUGUAUUAUGACGCAAACAAUCUUUAUGGCUGGGCAAUGUCGGAACUGCUCCCUCACUCCGAGUUUGAGUGGUUAUCACGUCAGGAAUGUGACGACUUGGACAUUGGAAGAAUUCCAACAGAUGGUGAAUAUGGAUAUGUGCUGGAAGUAGAUCUAGAAUACCCCAGAGAUCCAGCACUGCACGAUCGACACAGGGAUUUACCAUUCUGUCCCGAGAUAUGCAAAGCACCGAUUAAUCAACUCCCAUACUCGUUGGAGGAAAUUAUCAAUAGUGGAGCAGGAAAAUCGAAGAAACUAAUGGCCACACUGAUGGAUAAGAGGGAAUAUGUAAUUCACUAUCGCUACCUACAACAAGCUAUAGAGAAUGGAUUACGUGUAACUCGAAUCCACAGAGUGAUUCGUUUUAAACAGUCGGCAUGGUUGAAACCGUACGUGACUAUGAAUACCGAACUUAGACAGCGUGCUGCAAAUAAAUUUGAGGUAGAAAUGUUUAAACUUAUGGUAAACGCUGUCUACGGUAUGAGUCUUCAGAAUGUGCGCAAACAUCAAGAUUUAAAGAUUGCAUCAUCCCGCAAAACAUAUACAAAGUAUGUAGCAAAAGCUAAUUUCAAUGACCGUAUUUGGUUAAAUGAGAACCUUGCCAUACUGAAUAUGUCAAAAGUGCGGGUAGUACUGAGCAAACCCGUCUACGCAGGGAUGUGCAUUCUGGACCACAGUAAGAGGUGGAUGUAUGGUUUCCACUAUGACAUGGUAGAUAGGUAUGGAAUCGAUAGAAUAUCGAUGAUUUACAUGGACACCGAUGGCUGUCAUUAUUCAAUACGUACUAAGAACGUAUACCGCGACGUGUUAGAACAUUUGGACGACUUUGACACCAGUAACUAUCCCCGGAACCACAUUUGUUACGACGGAGGAAACGCUAGAGUUCUGGGGAAGUUUAAGGACGAAGCUGCCGGUGUGGCCAUUAAAAUGUUCAUUGGUCUGAUGUCGAAGCUGUAUUGUUUCACGUAUAGCAUCUUAACGUGUGCGCCUGAAGGAGACAACGGAGAUGGUGCCAACUGUAUACCGCCGCCUGUGAAGAGAGCAAAAGGGGUAAAUAGAGCAGUAGUGAAGCGUGAUCUCACCAUAGAAGAUUAUUUGAAUUGUCUGUACAAUAAAACUACUAAAAGUACAGACAAUCAACGUUUUCAAAGCCGUCACCACAUUUUAUACACUGUUGUGGUGAAGAAGCGCUCAAUGGCACCGUUUGACGACAAACGAUACGUAAUGCCAGAAGAUGGUAUCAACACGCUACCUUGGGGACACUAUGCAAUACCACCAUUAAGGGUACCACAGAUACUUGAGGGACCUUAA